UCAAGGGGCGUGGCUUUCAUCCACAGUCGGCUUAUGAACCUUAUGGGAAGCCGCUAGCCAGAAGAAACGUUGCUGCCUCUUUUUCCCAUCUGCUGGAAAGCUCAUCGGGCAAGAUGGCGGAACGGAGUGUACAACUAAUGUUAUUACUCAUCCAGGGUUGCAGUAUUCUGGCUGUAGAACUGAGCACCAGCAACCAAAAUCCUGUGGUGCAAGAACAUCAGAGUGUUGAGCUGUCCUGUAUUAUUACCAGCACUAAAACAAAUGAUCCCAGAAUUGAAUGGAAGAAAAUCAAGAAUGAUGAUGCAGAUUAUGUAUACUUUGAAAAUCACAUCCAAGGUGACCUAAAAGGCAGAGCUCGCAUACAGUCAAAAAGCUCUCUCUUUAUUCAAAAUACCAGCCGAACAGACAACGGAAAGUACAGAUGUGAAGUGGCUGCUCUUGGUGAUGACAAAAAGAUAGCAGAAAUUUACAUCUUCUUGACUGUACAAGUGAAGCCAGUAAUUCCGCAAUGUAGAGUGCCUAAAGCUGUCCCAGUGGGCAAAUCUGCUGUACUUCAUUGUCAAGAGAAUGAGGGUUACCCAAGUUCUGUGUAUCGCUGGUACCGCAACAGUGAAGCUCUACCUGAUGACUCAAAAUCAACUUUGAAAUUCCAGAACUCAUCCUUUACACUUGACCCUAAAUCAGGUACUCUGACAUUUACUGCAGUCAACAAAGGUGACAUGGGACGUUAUUAUUGCAUUGCAAGUAAUGAUGCUGGCUCGGCCAAGUGUGAGGAACAAGAGCUGGAAGUCUAUGACUUGAAUAUUGGUGGCAUCAUAGGAGGUAUUCUUGUUGUACUUCUUGUACUGGCACUGAUCACAGGAGGUAUUUGCUGUGCAUAUCGUAAAGGCUACUGUACAAGCAGCAGUAGAUCCAGUGGGCAGAGCUACAAGAACCCAGCAAAACCAGAAGGUGUCAAUUACAUGAGGACAAAUGAUGAGGGUGAUUUCAGACACAAAUCUUCAUUUGUCAUAUGAAAUGCCGUGAUAUAACAAGAAACUCUGGAGCGUUUCCCCCCCACCCCCAAACAAUUGCACUCCAAAGGUUGAAGGACAGUACAAAAGGAUAUGAACUAAAGAUAUUGCCAAAGUAUAUAACCAGUCCAUCCUCAGAACAGCUCUUGCCAUGUGGUGCACACAGACUUGGGAACGUUUGGCUCUGCUAAGGUUUAUGGAGAGAGAUGACAAUGACUGUUGAACAAAUGAGCUAUUGCCUUCAUGGUUAAGUACUGGCUUUGUAAUCUUCCAUCAACAGUAUUAAUAAGAUCACUGCCAAAAUGGAAAUGCCGGUGAACCUUCAGAAAGCAGAUACUGCAAUAGGAACUUUAUGCCUUGGUCACAUGGCACAGAGGCUUCUGGAACUGGCAUUUCUUCAACAUCCAUUCCUUUACACUGACACCAAAGCACAUAUGGCUCAGCUCUGCCACGACUUAACUCCUCCCCCCCAGUGUUAUACCUGAGGACUUGAACGCGUGUUUUGCUGCAGUGAAAUUUCCUUUUCAAGGCAUUUUAUUUUCAGAUUUUUUUUUGUGUGGAUCCAGUUUGGCGUUUAUCAUAUUUUUCUUUGCUAAUGCUUCAGUGGGUUACGAGUUUUGGUUAUGCAAAAAUUGCCCAAUCUGGAUUUGUUCUUCUGCACAAAAGAACAGCAGCAAAGGAUUUUGGGAUCACAAUAUAAACUAGGAAAUGAGCAACUUUUAAACCAGCAAGUGAAAGGAUGUUUUGGCUACUACGCAUUGAAGGAAUUGUACAUUGUGGUAAAAGGCUGGCCCUGUUUAUUGUGUACUCAAGUAGGUAGUAUAAGGACACAAAUGCAAUUUUGUCAUGAUAUUUUCAGGAUUUUUUGUAAAGUUUUUUCCUUACACGGUUUUCAUGUAAGUGUAAAUAUAGAACAAACCAAUUGUUCUACUGGCCAUUGAAGAGCUACAUUUGUAAUGAAAGUCCCAUGAUUUAAUGCUAUAAUUAUUUUAAACAAAGCCUUACAAUGGCUGUAUUUGCCACUGAUGCCCGCUUCACACAAUAUUACAUUGUAUCAUGGUUUUAUUCUAUUGUUCUAUAAGAUAAUAUGAAUGUGGUUAUCUAACUUCUCCUCAGUACACCAAUCUGUACUGUUUCAGAUUGCUCUCCCUGCAUCACAUGGGGCAUGAGAACGAAUGAGAGAAACUAUGCAUAGUGGCUUGAAGUGUUUGUAUGUAAUAUAAAGCCUCAUUGCAUAAUCUGCCAACAAACUCUGGAACUGCAAGAGGUCACCAUCUAAAGGGUUUCAUACAGUUUGUACUUAAUCAUAGGCUCAUUUUGUAGCCUGUUUGCAGAGCACUGGCUCUUAUUUAAGGUUCAUUUCUUCAUUUUGAAAGUACAUUUAUAAGGAGGUAGAAAGUAGCACUCAAAUAGCUCAUUAUAUUAAGCUGUGUGUAAAAAAAUAUGUAAAUUCAGCUGUUAAAAGCAGCAGCCACUUGAUGCUGUGUAUAAUUCCUGCCAACAGCAAUCGGCCAUUUUCGUGCCUGAAUCCCUAUUGCUUAAAUGGAUUAUGCUGUGUAUCAUAAAUGAAACUAGUUCUUUUUAAUGGUUUAUCUUGUGAGUCAAGGUGCAAGGUAUAAAAUCACAGCUAAGGAGAAAGAUACAGCUUUAUAAGUACACCAGCUAUUUUACACUGCUUUUUACAAUGUUUUUGUAUUGCAGUCAUGUUACAUAACUUAAUAGGCCACAAGUUAUUUUUUCCACAGAUAAUUUGGAUAUAAUUUAAACAAGUAAAAUGGUUUAAAGGACAAAAAGCACAUCCUUUUCUUCCCCUAGCCCUUUAUAACACACAGAACCAAUUUCAGCCCUCUCUUUAGCCCAUCAGACUUUUGUUCUUCCCCCAAGUCCAAGCUAAAUGCAGCCAUUGUAACCUUUCCUGGACAUUACUCCAGCAACUAGGGGUCAAUCUAUGCCAGCUUCAUGUUUGCAAAUACCUGUAGGCGAAGGCAUAUCUCCUGAGCACAACUGCUUUAACACAUUACCUUGGGAGAUUUGUAUCUGCCAAGUCUCCAUUCUAGAUCAUUCUAUGUACCGGUACUUGUUUAGCUGCAGCAUACAGUACGGAUGUCAUUGCUUCAAAUAGCCUGCAUUUAUUUAUCCUUAAAUUACACUGAAGUUUAAAGUGUAAUGGUUGCUUCAAGCACUAUUAGAAAUAAUAUUUUAUUUGUGACAAGUGGGCCACUUAUAUUGUUUUUUCAUUUUAAUGUAUUGGAUGUGAAUCUUAGUAAAUGGCAUAGGAUUCUUCCCUGGUAGGGCCAAGCUGCAAUUUUCUGUUUUCAUUUUUUGCAAUAAACCUAAAAUAGACUGUUGCCAAAAACGCUGAUUUAAAAUCAGUACUCAGUAGUGACCACUCUACAAACUCAUGACAGAGAGGGGUAAAUAAACAAAACUACACCCAGUGGAGGAAAAAAAAAAAAAAA